AUGGAUAAGGCUGAGAAAUGUCAAAAUUUAUGGAGCCAUAGUGCCCCUCCAAUUCAAGAUGGAAUUGACAUUCUUCACGAUCGGGAUGCCGAGAAGAUCUUACCUUAUGAAGCGGACGAUUCGCCUUUCCCCGAGGUGCGGGCUGUCAUCCAGCCAGUCAAUGACUUAACGCUGCCUGUGAACACAGUCCGCAUGUGGACUAUUGGUAUUCUGUUUACUAUCGUCGGUAGUGGACUCAACCAGUUCUUCAGCUUGCGACAGCCCAGUGUGAAUAUCAGUGCUCUAGUGGCGCAGUUGUUGGCUUUCCCUCUGGGAUGCGCCUGGGCGAAAUGCAUUCCCAUUGGAGCAUUAAAUCCCGACCGGCAUUUUAAUAUCAAGGAGCAUGCCUUGAUCACAAUUAUGGCCAAGGUCUCUAUUGGCUCUGCUGCUGCCACCCAAGUUAUCGAGGCGCUUGUCAAAUUCUAUAACAUGCCAUCGCAAGGUGGAUUUGAAGUUUUAUUGUGCGUUACUACGCAAUUGUUUGGCUUCGGCUUAGCUGGAAUGGCCUCACGCUGGCUAGUGGGCCCGGCAUCGAUGCUUUGGCCACAGGUGUUGUCAAAUGCGGCACUUCUGACCACUCUUCAUUCUCGCUCCAAUGCUAUUGCAGAUGGCUGGCGGGUCACACGUCUUCGCUUCUUUCUUUAUGUUUUUAUCGGUGGCGCCAUCUGGUACUUCGUCCCGGGAUAUCUCUUCACAGGUCUCAGCACCUUCGCCUUCAUCUGCUGGAUCGUGCCAUCCAAUGUGGUGGUCAAUCAGCUAUUUGGACAAACUACCGGGCUAGGGAUGUCAGUAUUGACCUUUGACUGGGCCCAGGUGGUCUAUGCCAACCAGAGCCCUCUGCUUGUUCCCUUUUGGGCUGGCCUGAACGUGAUGGGAUCAUUUGCGUUCUUCUUUUGGCUUGUGUGCCCCCUCGCUUACUACUCUAACAUCUGGUAUUCUGCACAUCUACCACUGCUAAACUCCAACACUUUCGAUAAUACCGGAGCUCCUUAUAAUACUACUCGUAUCAUGAGCUCGAGCGGAAGUAUCGACCAAACUGCUUAUCGGGACUAUUCGCCCAUGUUUUUGCCGGCCGGCUUCGCAAUCACCUUCGGUGUUGCCUUUGCCAAUUUGACGGGCAUCUUCUUUCAUGUCGCGUUGUAUCAUGGCAAAGACUUGCGGCAACAAUGGAAAGGUACCAGCAAACAAGACGUUCAUGGUCGACUGAUGUCUUCAUAUCGGGCUGUACCUUGGUGGUGGUUUGUUACAGUAUCUGUCUCGAUGUUUGUCUUGAGUGUUGUAACCAACGAAGUGUGGCAUACGGGCCUACCGGCAUGGGGGGUACUUGUGGCAUUCAUGUUACCAGUGCUCUACUUUAUCCCUGUGGGAGUCAUCAAAGCACUCACAAAUAUCAGUAGUAAUCAACUGAAUCUGCUCACGGAAUUCAUUGGCGGAUACGCUUUCCUCGGGCAGCCAGUGGCUAAUAUGGCGUUCAAAUUCUAUGGUUAUGUUGCCGUCCAACAAGGACUCGAAUUUGUGGCUGAUAUGAAGUUGGCUCAUUAUAUGCACAUCGCCCCACGCCUUCUGUUUGUAGCUCAAGGCCUUGCCACACUCAUCGGAGCUAUCGUUCAAUGUGGUGUGACUGUGUUUAUGAUCACCAGAAUUGAUGGUGUGUGCACCCCUGAGGCCGAGGGGAAUUUCAUCUGCCCUCAUGGAAAGGUCACAUACUCUUCGUCUCUCAUCUGGGGCGCUGUUGGGCCAGGCCGAUUGUUUUCUCCCGGUCAGAUAUAUAGCAAUCUGCUUUGGUUUUUCCUGGUCGGACCCGCGGUGGUAGUCAUUACGUUUCUUCUAGGUCGUCGUUGGAAGGCUGCCAAUUAUGUCUCUUGGCCUGUGGCCUUCGGUGCAAUGAGUCUAGUUCCACCCGCUACAGGUAUCAACUUCUCGUCGUGGUGGAUAGUCAACUUGAUAUUCAAUGGUAUACUCCGUCGCCGUAGGCCUGCGUGGUGGUCGAAAUACAAUUAUGUGUUAUCCGCCGCGCUAGACUGCGGCGUUGCAGUCGCGACGGUGAUCAUCUUCUUUUGCAUAACUCUCCCAGCAGGCUCAUUGAGCUGGUGGGGGAAUAAUGUGUCGGAAACCACGGCCGACGGCAAAGGAACACCCUACAUGGGUUUACCAGCGGAAGGCUACUUUGGCCCCCCAAAGGGAACUUGGGAGUGA